UUCUCCACAUUAGAGGAAUCCUGCAGUAGUAUAGAGAUGAUUCUACGCGCGCUUACAUUACUAUCAAUAUCAUUAUGUGUGACUGAGGCCAAACAGAGAGACUUUUACACCUUUAAGGUGGUAAACAGCAGAGGGAGGUUAGUUUCUCUGGACAAAUACAGAGGAUCGGUGUCACUGGUUGUGAAUGUGGCCAGUGAGUGUGGCUACACUGAUGAGCACUAUAAAGAUCUCCAGCAGCUCCAAAAGGACUUUGGGCCAUUCCAUUUCAAUGUGUUGGCCUUCCCCUGUAACCAAUUUGGCCAGCAGGAACCUGGCAGCGAUAAAGAGAUUGACAGUUUUGUGCGGCAAGUCUAUGGGGCUUCCUUUCCUAUCUUUAGCAAAAUCGCUGUGGUUGGAAUAGGAGCCAAUAAUGCUUACAAAUAUCUUGUGGAGGCCUCUGGAAAAGAGCCGACUUGGAAUUUCUGGAAAUACCUCAUCGACACUGAUGGUAAAGUGGUUGAUGCAUGGGGUCCCACCGUCUCCGUCAAGGAAAUCCGUCCCCAGAUAGCAGAUAUGGUUCGGAAGCUAAUCAUCCAGAGGAAAGAGGAACUUUAGUCUGUCACAUCUGCUUCAGAGAAACACAGCUCUGAAAACUAUUGACACUCAGACCUCAAAGAGACUUCUUUGAAGAAAUAAAUGCUAAUUUAGGCUCUUCAAAGCACAAAGUGACAACUCCAAUGCAACCCCUCUUUAAAAGGAAAGUUUACCCAAAAAUGGAAAUUCUUUCAUCAUUUACACAAACUCAUAUCACUCCAAACCCAUUUAAUAUUCUUUGUUCAUCACAGUAGGAGAUGUUAGGCAGGAUGUUUAUGCUGCUCUUACUUACUCUUACUUAAUUUCAUUCUUUUCCUAACACAAAGCUGUCAUAUGGCUUAAAAAGACUAGAAAUAUAGCACAAAAGUCAUAUGAUCUACUUUUAUGGUGCUUUUUGUCAUUUUUGGAGCUUGUCAGUCCCUGGUCAUCAUUCAGUUUCAUUGUAUGGAAAAGAGCAGUGUGAACAUUCUGCAUCUUUUCCUUUUGUGUUCCACGGAAGAAAGAAAAUCAUACAAUCACACAUAAAACAAUGGUAUGUACAUUUUGACAGAAAGUUUUCAUGUUUGGGUGAACUAACACUUUAAGCCACCUGAACCCUUGUGCUAUAAUCGUUCUUCCAGUUGUAAAUCUUUUCUCAGGUUUGCUGCAUCAAAUUUUCCUCUUUUCACAUUUCUAUGGAGUUCAGAAGCACUGAGGAAUAAAGCAAUAAAAGACCACUUUUAUUUAUAAAUAAUAAAGGUCCAUUUAUUCACGCUUACACAUUCCUGAUAUAUUUAAAGACACACUACAUGUUAUGUCUAAUGGAACAGCAAAUCUUACAAGGCCUUGAAAAUUUGAGCCAUUAAAGAACUG